AUGGAGCAACUGUACGCACUUGGCGUUUCUUGUAUAGAAUGGGUUCAGAACUGGUUUGAAGAUUCAGAAGAUUUCUUUGAAAUAGUAAAUCAUCUGUCCAAUCCUCACUAUGUCGUGGAGGUAUUAUUCCCACUUGUCUCCAUUGUUGACUCAGUGUUUGCUGCCCAAUUACUGCUGUGUUUGGCUUUCGGAGGUUGGCUAAAUGCUGUUAUGAAAUGGUGGUUGUUAGAAGAACGUCCAUAUUGGUGGGUGCGAGAAACCACAUUCUAUACGGGUAUGCGGCGUCCCCAAUUACGUCAGUUCGGUCAGACAUGCGAGACGGGGCCUGGUAGUCCUUCAGGCCAUUCGGCUACUGCGGCUACUGUGUUGCUGUUAAUCCUUAUGUGGAUAUCGCAUAUUAUGAAUGAUAGAAAAUGCUACAUAUGGUGGUGGAAGUAUGCGAUUUACCCAGUUAUUGCGUCAGCGCUCGGUGCAGUAGUGCUUGCCCGUAUGUUCGUCGCCACGCACUUCCCGCAUCAGUGUCUUUUAGGAGUAUUAAUAGGCUCGUUUCUCGCUCCAGCACUAUGCAUCUACGUAUCAGACCCUUAUAUUUGGAAGAGCGGCAUUAAAUCUGACGCAGACACUCGACGUGCCAUCUUGUGGCAUGUUGUGUCCGCCCUCGCGACUAUCGCCGUCAGUAUCGUUACGUACUUCAGUCUUAAGCUGUGCGGUGUAGAUCCACAGUGGACCAUACAGUUGGCAUUCCGCUGGUGCGAAAGCCCUGACGAUAUUCAUGUAUCGACCACGCCGAUGUUCGCUUUAGUGCAAUGUACAGCCAACCUCCUAGGCUGGGCCCUGUGCGUCACUCCUGCUGUAGCUCAAUAUCGCCACUACACGAAAAAUCGUUCUUUAAUUAUAUCAGCGUUCAGCGCCGCCAUUUUCCUUUAUGGAGUAAAAGCGCUUCAAGAGAAUAUAAGUAGAAAUAACGCGUUUUAUUUCUACUCAAUGCAGUUCUUGCUGAAUGCUAUUAAACCAGCUUUGUUACUAAGAUUGGCGCCAGCAAUUGCUAUGUGGCCUUAUUCUAGACAAAUAAAGAACAAAGUAGCAUAA